CAGGGAAGCAUCCAUAUCACAAAUAUUGUUUUAAAGAGUUAAGCCAUCCUAAAUGUGAAGUUUGUCAUCAUUAUAUACCUAUAAAUGGUUCUGGUUUGAUUGAGUAUAGGUGUCACCCUUAUUGGAACCAAAAGUACUGUCCAUCUCAUGAAUAUGACAAUACUGCUCGCUGUUGUAGCUGCGAAAGAUUAGAGUCUCGUGGAGAGAGAUACUUUAGAUUGGAUGAUGGACGGAUUCUGUGCUUUGAGUGCAUGGAAUCUGCUAUAACAGAUACCGGUGAAUGUCAACCUCUUUAUCAUGCUAUUCGAGACUAUUAUGAAGGAAUGCAUAUGAGAAUUGAUCAACAAAUCCCGAUGCUUCUAGUUGGGAGAGAAGCACUUAAUGAAGCCAUUGUUGGAGAAAAGAAUGGUUACCAUCAUGUUCCGGAAACAAGAGGCUUAUGCCUUUCAGAAGAGCAAACUGUCACCAGUGUACAUAGAUGGUCAAAAAUAGGUGGCCAUCGAUUAAUUGGGAUGCGAGGUCAACCUCAAAAGUUGAUUCGAAAAUGUGAAGUUACAGCUAUUCUUGUUCUCUAUGGUCUUCCGAGGUUACUCACAGGUGCUAUCCUCGCGCACGAGUUGAUGCACGGUUGGUUACGCCUUAAAGGUUACCGUAACCUUGAUCCAGCAGUAGAGGAGGGUAUUUGUCAGGUUCUUUCUUACAUGUGGCUUGACGCAGAAGUUAUGUCAGGUUCUAGAACCAUGCCAUCGAUAUCAGCGGCUUCUUCCUCCUCCUCCUCCUCCUCCUACUCGUCAAAGAAAGGUGUGAAAUCCAAAGUCGAAAAUAAAUUGGGUGAGUUUUUCAUGAACCAGAUUGCUAAUGAUUCUUCCCCAGCUUAUGGUGGAGGCUUUAGAUCGGCUAAUGCAGCGGUUAAUAAAUACGGCUUACGUUGUACUCUCGACCAUAAUUCGUUUGACUGGUCAGUUCCAAUGUAA